AUGAACCAGGCCAUCUCCCUUCGCUCGCCGUCCCCUUCUUCGUCGAUCGAUCAGCCCGAUGUUGAACUGACUCCCGUCGUUGAGAAGCUAAAGACCAUCUGCGGUGAACAUGACAUCGACCCCUCACUAGCUGCGACAGCAACCGAGUGCCUACUCCGGCUUCGUCAUACCUUUAUCGACAAUGACCACCCUCGUGAAGCGAAAGAGGACUUUCGACAUCUACAUGGCUUUCAGACGCUGCUGGAUCUGCUUCGGAAAGUCACAGAAUGCUAUGCCCCGGAUCGAUUAGCCAAGGAAGAGAGAAAAUAUCUCUUGGCCCUUUUCAAGGAUACAUUGGCGGUUCUGGCAGAGGCGUUAAAGGAUCAUCGCGGGAAUAAAAGAUAUUUUGCGGCUCGGGUACCCGGAGGAGGGAGUGCGGCUUUAGAGGAAGCUCUUGCACUCCUAGCCCAGAAGGUGGACUGCGUGCAGGGAGACAUAGAACAAUUCUAUGGUGGGAUCCUGGCAGCGAUUCUUUGCCAGGAAACCGCUGCCAGUAUAUUCACAACGUUGGACUCCAGAUUUCGAUCGGCCCCUGUGCUACUUCCCAGUGACCUCAAAGCGGAGGUUGAUCGAUGCGUAGGAACCUCAGAGACCAUCGAGGUAGCAGAUAUCUUGGGGCCUUUUGUUCGAGUAUGGUUGUCCCGGACUUCGGCUUCAACCUCUGAUCAUCGUAUCCUCCGGUUAGCUGUACCGGCAUGCCUUUGUCAACUUGCUAUGCAUUCCCAGAGAAACAUAACCACAUUACAUGGUACAGGGGUGUUAUCGUGGAUUCUUCCGCUUCUGGUCAGCGAUGAGCGUCUGGAACAGGAAAAGCUAUUAUACCGGGAGCUCGCGCGGCUGCUCUGUACCCAAGGGAUAAGCAAUCUGGAGGAUGCAGUCUUCCUCUACCAAAAAGCCCACAGCUGCCCAAAGGUCUCGCGCUUGCUGGUCGAUGUUCUGAAGGCCUCCAAGGAACCCGCAUCCAUACAAUUCGAUCUCUCCCUGCACGGAUAUUGUUCCUUAGAAUUUUCUACUCUGGGGCGCUCGUUCCCCCCAGCAACUUCCUCUGGAUACACACUCUCAGUUUGGGCGCGCUUCGACGAAUUUGAUUCAAACACACAUACGACAAUAUUUGGGGCGUUCGACCCUAGUCAGACAUGUUUCCUACUUGCAUAUCUUGAGAAAGAUACCCGGAACUUCAUAUUGCAGACCUCGAUACGGGGGUCGCGCCCCAGUGUCCGAUUCAAAUCUAUGAUUUUCGAACCUGGUCGAUGGUAUCAUAUUUGUGUUGUCCACAAGAAGCCCAGACCUCCGUCGUAUUCCCGCGCCUCAUUGUUCAUAGAUGGCGAAUUUGUCGAGCAGCUGAAGAUAGAAUAUCCAUGUAUGCCCGCUGCAAGCGCUCCCAAUCGAUCUGCUCGGGUCCAAGCAUUCUUUGGCACACCUCAGGACCUGGCUAUGAGGCUGGGGAAGGGGGUGUCCAUGUCACGAUGGUCUCUGGCCAGUGCAAUCCUUUUCGAGGAGGCUUAUAGCGAUGAUAUGGUUGCCGUCUUCUACAACCUUGGCCCCCGCUAUCAUGGCAACUUUCAAGACUGCCUUGGCUCUUUUCAGACAUACAAGGCUUCUGCCGCUCUGAAUUUGCGCAAUGAACAUCUGCACCCCGGUAAAGAAGAGCAGUCGGAUAUUGUUGUUGCAAUCCGGCGGAAAGCAAGCACCCUUAUCCGUGAGGCUUCCAUAUUGCUGAACGUCUCGCCACUGGCAGUGCUAGACGACGACGACAGUAAUACCGUGGACGAGUCCCGGAUGAUCAAAUGCUUAUCCAAGCAAGCCGCCAAGAACCUCCAUCAACUAACCAAAUCGGGAGGAAACGCAAUAGCAGUUAAUGGAGCUACACCUGCUAUCAAUGACGCCCUGACACAGGCUCACGGUAUUGGGAUCUUGACAGGUGACCCUGUAAUUGCGGUACCACGCGCCCUAGACGAUGCAGGUUGGCGUAUUGGUGGGUGUGCGGCUGUGCAUCUGAGUUUGCUUCAUGCAGCCGACACUGGGGAGUCGAUGCUGCUAGCGGUUGAGGCACUCUACGAAGCAGUGCAAGACAACUGGAGGAAUAGCGAAGCCAUGGAAAAAGAUAAUGGCUACGGAAUACUUGCAGUUUUGUUGCGCGAAAAGCUUGGUUUGCCGUCGGGGGCUACUCCCACAACGUCGAAGACGCCAAGCGUCUGUGCCAGUUACGAGGAACGGUCUGCAUUGGCUCUGGCACUUCUCCGUUUGACGCUGAAAUUUGUUGGCUACGACUUCGAGCAGCCCAACCGUUCCAUCAUCACGAACCCGUUGGCGUACAGGGUCCUACUCGUCGACCUUGAAGUUUGGAGAUAUGGCGAGCCAGCCCUCCUCGAGCUGUAUUACUCCCAGUUCUGUAUAUUUGCCAGUGAAAGUAAAUUUCGCCGAUUCAAUGCAAAGCGACUUGCUCGCAUGCGUGUAAAUAAAAAAUUACUCGAGGCCCUUAAGAUUGAGGAGUGUACCCCCGAAGCAUUGCGUCUUUAUACUGCCGCUUUCGGAUCUCUGAUGGAGAGCAGCUUAUCGGCGGAUUUGCUUCGAUCAUUAGCUCUCUUUAUCACCUACGCUCUUCAUAAGCCGAAGGAAUCAAAAAUGCUUCGGAUGUAUUGUUCAUUACUUUGCAAUGCACAUGAUCUUGGCCCCAUAAAGAAGUUCGCCAAGGCUGUGACCAAUAAGGUAUGUUUCAAUCCUCUCCUCACUGAUAGUCGGUGGUUAUUGACUUUGAUCCAGUGGCUUCUGUAUCUCUUAUGUGAAGACGAACCGGAAAUCGUGAUUCUGGCGACAAAGAUCAUAGCUCGUCUGUUGGUCACUCAUGGCGGCAACUAUGAUAAGAAGUUCACCGAGAAAACAGGAGGCUAUAUUAUCAUGCGGCAUUGCUUGAGAAAAUGGUGGAAAAUACCGGCCGUAUGGUCAAUUUGCUUUGCCAUAUUGUUUGGCCUAGACGUCGGUAAAAUGAUCGUUGACAGGCCCUUCAGUCACAAUGGACUUUCGGAUGCCUUCCUGUCCGGCGGUCAGUUGCAUAUAAUAUUUCCAGAAAUAUUCCCAGUCAUCGCUGAGAUGAUGCAGAGUGCCCUGAAGAAGACUGUCUUGACGAACGAUAGUUCGCGAUCUGACGCACGGGGCCUUACGCAUCUGACUUCCAGCGGUCAAUCGACCAAGCAAACCAUGUUCUCUCACACGGCCGCAGCAACGGCGGCCGGAGAGCAAUUGCUUUUCAAUACAGUCACUGACUUCUUUGCCACCCUGCAUGUGAAGUCUCAAAAUUUUCGCGAAUUUACCACGCAGCCUGAGUACAUCCAACAUCUAUUCUACGUGCUGUAUCCAGUGGUUGUUGGUUGCGAUGCAACGAGCACGGAUGCUGAGUUAAACCCUCGCGCGGCUAGUCUUGAUUUUGGAGAUCAGAAUCUGGUCCUCCGCCCGCGGUCGAGAGGAGCCGCUUCUCUGCGAACAACCACCGUGGAGCAGCCUGGAGCGCGCGAUGACGCUGCUGGGGCACUUGGCCGCGGUUCCUCUUUUGUGCUUGUCUCAUCUGAUCGGGGAAGCUCCCUGCCAUCUUCGGCGCGCAUUAUCCACGCGUACCAUCCGAGAAAGAUCGAGGAUGUGGGGAAUCCCGAACAUCCCUUCGUCAUCAGCAUACUUAGCUUGGCUCUUUCUGUAUUCUCAGAGCAGUUAUUGGAACGGAAGGACUUUUCUGGUCUUGGUCUCUACCUAAAAACGCCACCGGGAUUGCUCGAACACCGGGCACACUUCAACUCGUGGGUGUUGAAGAAUUUCCUUUCGACUGUGCAAGAGGUCAUCUUUUCCAAACUCCAGCUACUUGCAGAACCACGCGUGCUCACCAAUCUGGGACGAUUUAUGACACACCUCGGGGAGGCAGUUUUCGAAGGAUGGUUUGUUGGCGGGGCGGCUGCAACUCUUGAAUUCGCAGGUGCAAUCCUUGAGUAUCUGCAACGGCCUGAUGUCUCUUGUCUCAAGAGUAUAAGGCUCUGCAGCCAAGCCGUGUCCACAAUUCGAUCGACUGUAUUUCGCGUCGUCUUGCUUCGGCUAUCGGAAGUCGAAGGCACGGAAGCUCUUUCGUUCUUGAGUCGCCUGUCCUACUGGCAGGUGAUUCUCCUUUCUGGUGACGCCCAGUCAAAUCACCUGCAGCUGCUAUGUUACCUCUUGUAUAUCAAGUUAGACGACGGAAACGAGAAUGUGCGCCUGGCUGCAGCAGGACUUUUCCGAAUCCUGCUAGUACAGAAACCCGCCGACAUGGCUACAAUUCUUAGCCACGCGUCAAUAACCCUGCAAAAGCGGCUGUCUGCUGGAUUUGAAGCUCUAAUGGGUAUGGAUGAUGCGGCUUUCUUAAGGUGGUUCAACGACCGGGAAGAGGAUCUACACUCUUUAUUCUUUGGUGUUAUAUCCAAGAAUUGGGAGGACUUUGUUCACGAAGAAAAUUCCAAGAUCGAAACUUCGUCGCGGAACCGAGUUUCUAAACGCCAGGAGAAGCUGAAGCAAUGGAAACAUAUAGACACCUUUGGUGACGAAGUGACACGCAAGCACCUCGUUACGUUUCCCCACUGGGCAUCGAACAUAUCGGGAUCGGAAUUUUUGAAGUUCCAAAGGGCUCUCCAGGACCAUCAAGAUGAUGCUGUCUUCAUGUGGACUACCUUCUCAAAAUUGACAUUGGAUCUGCGGCGGUUCGGCGGUCUCCUGGCCGAGGAUAAGGAGCGAAAGUGGCGCUUAGAUCAAACAGAAGGACGGAGCCGUAUGCGUCUUCGCAUAGUACCCGAUGAGACUGACGAGAGGCAAAACUACCAGCCGAAACGGAAGGCAUCUGAGCCUCCUGCGAUUAAAGUUGACACGGAAGUUCGACCUUCAUCCAGUGCUGGUGCCCUUGGGUUGACCCCCACAGUCGCAAAUAACGAGCCCGGAGAGGGUGGUUCGCAAGGCAUUUCACCAGAUAGCCGGAGUAUGCUUGAAGAUAGCUUCGAAAUGAUCGAAGAUCCGAAGGCUGAUCUUGAAGACUACGAGGACAAGAACCGAAAAGUCAUGCGGAGUCUCCAUCGCGGCGAUCAGGUUGAAGGGGUGUGCAACAUGUCCCGUAUCAUUGGAUUGGAGGCAUUUGAGGGGCUUCUGAUCCAAGGGAAGGAUCAUAUCUACAUCUUGGAUAACUUCUUCCAGAGAUCAGACGGCGAGAUCGUGAAUGUAUGGCAAGCCCCGCCAGACGAACGCGAUCCUUACGUUCGCAUGAUUGCCGGCCGAGAAUCCAGUGAACGCAAAGCACAGGAGCAUGAAACUAGAAGUUGGAAAUGGUCUGAUCUGAUCAGUAUCUCCAAACGGCGCUUCCUGUUCCGUGAUGUCGCGCUAGAGAUAUUUUUCACCGAUGGCAGUAGCUACUUGCUGACACUCAUCUCGUCGCGAGCCCGAGACGGUCUAUGCAGUCAGCUCGCGACGAAAGCUCCCCAGGUGACCGGCAGUGUUGGCCACGCGCGUCCCGAGGAUGUUUGGAGGUUUGAAACCCUACGUAGUCAGGACGACGCACCGCAAUCUUUCGGGUCAAAGUUUGCCAGCGUUUUCGGGCACUCUCCGCUCUAUCCAGCUACGCGCAAAUGGGUCAAGGGUGAAAUCUCCAACUUCCACUACCUUAUGCUGAUCAACACACUGGCUGGGAGGACGUUCAACGAUCUAACACAGUAUCCCGUCUUCCCGUGGGUGCUCGCCGACUAUACAAGUGACGAAUUGGAUUUGAACGACCCUAAAACGUUCCGUGACUUGUCCAAGCCCAUGGGCUGCCAAACGCCAGAGCGAGAGGCAGAGUUUAGAGAACGGUACAAAGCCUUCGCCGAAAUGGGGGACGACGACGCUCCCCCAUUCCACUACGGAACGCACUAUUCUUCUGCGAUGAUCGUGAGCUCAUAUCUGAUCCGACUGCAGCCUUUUGUCAAAUCCUACCUACUCCUUCAAGGGGGCACAUUUGAUCAUGCCGACCGCCUCUUCUACUCGGUAGGAAAGGCCUGGGAAUCUGCAUCACACGGCAAUAUGUCGGACGUACGGGAGUUGAUACCUGAAUUCUUUUAUCUCCCCGAGUUUCUGGUAAACUCGAAUAAGUACGAUUUCGGGCUCUUGCAGAACAUGACAACUGUGAUUGACUCGGUGGAGUUACCGCCCUGGGCCAAAGGCGAUCCCAUGAUCUUCAUUGCUAAACACCGGGAGGCGCUCGAGAGUCCGUAUGUGACCCAGAACUUACACCAUUGGAUUGACUUGGUAUUCGGAAGCAAGCAAAAGGGAGAGGCCGCGGUCGAGGCAGUGAAUGUCUUUCAUCAUUUGUCUUACCAAGGUGCCAAGGACAUCGACUCUAUUGAUGACCCUGUGGAGCGCCUCGCCACGAUUGGCAUCAUUCACAACUUCGGGCAGACACCGCAUCAAAUUUUCAACCGGCCUCAUUUGCAACGUGAUGAUCCCGGACACCGAACCCCCCGACUGGAUCGGCUUGCCGAAUCGCUGACACAACAACCCCUUGCGCUUCUUGAUAUCGGAGAGCGAGUGGCCUCCUUAUCGAUGAAACAAGAUCGUUUGCUGUGUGCCGCUGCCUUGCGACUCAAUAUCCCACCGAGCUACGACAAGUAUAUGGAGUGGGGAUUCUUUGACGGCAGUGUCAGGUUCUACUCUGCGGAUAGCCGAAGGCUACUGGGCCACUUUGAGCAUCUUCAUAUCGGCCAGCUGUCCAGCGCGAUCUUUGCGGACUCUCGAACGCUGGUCACGGCCGGCUCCGACUGUACAGUGUCGAUCUGGACCUUUACCUCGUCCAUCAAGUCGGUUGAUCUACAGCCAACGGGGUCGCUAUUUGGACACCGAUCCCCGGUGACUACGCUUGCGGUGUCACGGUCAUUUAGUACGCUUCUGUCGGCAUCCACGGACGGGCAGAUUAUGCUGUGGGAUCUCAAUCGGCAGUGUUUCGUCCGGGAACUGCCAGCCAGCGGGCCUGUUGAUUGUGCUCGGNUAAACGAUGUGACGGGAGAGAUCAUGAUUUGUCGACGCGACCGAGUCAGCCUCUACACGCUCAACGGGUCUCUGCUGCUGGAACAGAGUCUGUGCGAUUCGGUGGACGACUCGAUCAUGACGUGUGUCUUCUACGAAGGGGUGAACAAUGAGUGGCAGGAGCGCGAGCUGCUUUUCACUGGACACCGAAGAGGCGUUGUCAACAUUUGGAGCAAGAUCAUUCAUCACGGACGAUUUGAAUUGGAAUUGAUCCGGCAACUGCAUCAUGUGGACAGUCACCGCGACAAUGGGGCCAAUAUAUCGGCGGGGAUUAGCUGCAUUAUGGCCCAGCCGCACGUGGUGUAUACUGGCGAUGAACUGGGACGAGUGUACGAAUGGAGCUGUGUCCAGCGCCGGUGA